AUGAGCUACGAAAAGUUUGCAGGGGAACGGAGAAGUCCUAGUAGCGACGAAUUCGAGGUAGACGACAAAGCAGUAUCUUUUCACGCUCCAAUUCUGUUGGAAGAGAUGGCGAACAGAAAUUUCGAAGGACCUCCACACGCAACAACUGGAUCAAGUAAGACGAAUUGUUUGCAACCAGCUCGUGCUUUUAAUCCACGGCAGUAGAGAGACUUGGCUUCAAACGUCAUGCUUAAGUUAAAUUUAAUUCCAUCAGCUGAUCAUGAGUUUGGCAAAGCAGUAGCACGACGUUUGAAAUUGUCCUUAGACGCAGAUUAUAAAUUUCUUGGCGAGGGGUUAUCUUUCAUAGUAUGAUUCAGUUUGUUGCGUUGAGCGACGAAUCCCAAGAGAAAUAUUCGUUCUUGAUAAGCUAUCUGAUUGGAAUAUGAAAGCUUAUUUCAUCAUGGAUUUUAGUGAAUCAGUUCUUCAAGAGUUAUUUCAAUAUAUGAUCGUUUUGUAUAAUUAAUAGGCCCAGUUAAGACUAACUUUUCAUGUACUUAAUUCAAUGUAUUAGGUUCGGCUCAUGAAAAGUUCGGCGUCUAAACAGGGUUUAGCUUUUGAAAUUUAAUACAGCGCGAAGGCUUAGAAUUGUGUGUACAAAAUGCACUGCGUUUUUUCUCGUUUCCUCAUGCAGCCCAUAGUGAUGUGAAAUUCGAUUUGCAACCUUCCCGGUAAUAUGAGACUUGAAAUACCCCGGUGCGCGACUCACAUCAGUCUUGACAUUCAGUAUUCAAAUAGGGAGGUCAAACAAACACGACGGUGACGUUUGAAAGAAAAAAAAAGUAAUAGGUUUAAUAAACCAAACAACAACUCUGCAUCUGCACUUUCAGUCCAUUUUUGGUCAUUUUUGGUGCAUUUCUUUGCCGUGACUGCACACCUAUGACGUGAAACUGCCUAAUUUCAAGUUUCAAGGAGGAGUUAAGCUCUAAAAAAGACUAUAAAUUGUUCAGUAUUUCCCUUUGUUGUGAACUUGGAUUAGGUUUUUUAGUAAUUCAACUCCAGGAGAGUUCUCCGAGGAUGGGCCAAAUGUCUGAGCCAGUCAGAACAAUCGAUAUGAAUAUUAAGAGAACGAGAAUUUACUUUCUAAAUGAUCUUUUCACUGCCGUUACCAUAGAGGUUGCUUAAACUCCAUAAUAACUGGCAUGAUAUUCACACUAUUCACAAUAUAUUAACACUGAUUAAGCUGCAUAAGUCAUAUAUUUUCUAUUUAAUUUCCAGUUGAUAUGGACUUUCUAGCCUCAAUUGCUCCACCUGUAAUGAGUCAACCCCAGGCCUUUUCAGAUGCCAUGUUGGACCCUGCCUCAAGAGGCAUAAUGACUGGACUAACCACUGCGCACAUGAGUGGUACAACCCUGCAAAGUGUUGUUAGACAAAGCGCUGAUCAACUACAACGUACAGUACAGGGCCAGUUUGUUUCUCUGAAGGUCAGGAAUACUCUGACAACUGAUUCAUCAAUAGUGUUUCCCAGCCCCAGGGGCUCCACGCGCGUGCAAACAGAGCCCCUUAUCUAAGAAAAUUUGGUUACCUAUCAAUCCAAGAAAUUUUGGCUGUCAACGUGACAGUACAUCCACCCGCCCUCCCGUUCAUCUGCACCACAGAGAAACAAAUGUGAAAUGUUUCACCUUCUAGCUAGUGUGAGCCAGCAAAAUGAUAUUGCACAUCCAUGUUGUAUUCAAUUGACAGUUGUCAAGACAGGGUAUUCGCUGACUAGUAUCACAUGACCGUAUCGAGGGCUCAGGGUCGACCCAUUGAGGUUACGAAUUCUUUUGAAAACAUCCAUGUUGUAUUCAAUUGACAGUUGUCAAGACAGGGUAUUCGCUGUCUAGUAUCACAUGACCGUAUCGAGGGCUCAGGGUCGACCCAUUGAGGUUACGAAUUCUUUUGAAGUUUACCGCUUGCAAGUUUCUUGUUCUCAACUGAUUGCAGGCUCAACACUAAUUGGAUUUCUUUAUUGCAAUGUUUGUUCAUUGACGAAGGCUUCGCCUUCAAUAAUGUGGUAAUCGACCAGUGAUGUAAUACUAACCACUAAUGUAAUAAAUAUCAACCACUAAUGUAACAAAAAGUUAACCACCAAUGUAAUGACUUUUUAACCUUUAAUGUAAUAGAAAACUUAAUCAUUGUAAAUGUAAUAACUUUCGGCCAUUAAUGCAACAACCUCAAAGAGAAGAGCUACUUGGUGGCAUUUGAAUUGUUAUAUAAAUGCUCAUUAACAAAGACUCUCUACAGUGAUACAGAGUAUGUACAAUGACCAACACAAUAUAAUACUGUUCUUACUUCUGGGACGUGUCCCAACUUGUUCUAUGAUGUCAAAAGACAGAUUUUUUUAACAACAACUAAACCAUCAUGGAAAGAUAUCCUUUCUUUUUAUCCAGUUUCAUUAGUGAAUCGGAAUGCAUCUGUUUCAAUUAAAGCAUUUUGUACAGGAAGCCUGAAGUGCAUGCAUCUAUAGCAUAAAUGAGCAUGGGCUGACGCAAACUGAACCAAAUUUUUGUCAUUCUUUGGUCCUUCUUGUCAGUAUUCAGGUCGAGGUAAGGUACAUGUGGACCUGUUGCGCGUUCAUAAGGGUAAGUUGUAUUUAUCGUGAUUGUAAAUCUGGUGGUGUGCAAAUGCAUGGUAAAUAGGGAAACAGUGAACGUUAACGCUUGUGCUUGCAGUCGCUGUGGAGGCUCUGCCCAGAGUUCAAAACCCUUACCUUUUAAAUAAUACUGUUCGGACGCAACACCACAAUUUCUUUAGAAACUUAAACAUCUUACCUUUUUGCCCUACCAUUUUACAAAGAAAAGGUAUCCAUCUCAUGCAUAUAAUUUCAGUGUCAAAAAAAUGUUUGGUGCCCUUUUUGGGCAAAGCCCUGCUAUGUAGAGAACUAGAGGGAGUCGCAGUUAUUUACAAGGUCACUCACCAUCGUCACUUUCAAACUGGAAAUUAAAACUUCGCCACAAGAGUUAACGUUUUGCAGUAUUUUUGCGCCACUAUACGUCUGGCGUCCUAAAUUACUUAUUAGUCUCGCUUGCGUCAGCAGCGAGACUCAUAAUCUACAACGCGUUUUUCGUGGUAUUUAGGACCCAAAAGGGGAGUCAUUGUGCCAGGCGUUCCUUGCGGAGGCCGUGGAAACUGGGGCUAAGAAUCGUUGCGUGACCGAAGCCACGCAUGUUUUGCGAAGAAAGCUUACUUUUCCGAAACGUGUCGGUCCACGAAUUCUUUUGCUUAAAAGCGUUGAUUACUUUGAAACAAGUGAACACUACUGAGUGGUCGAAAAAAAUGAGAAUCUUAAUUAACGAAACUGCGAUGGGCGGGUGUUGUAAACUUUCAUUUUAUGCAAUUGGGUCUUGUCAUGAACAUGCGAUUUAUUUUCGGCUAUGAUUGAAAUGACGUGCCAUGUAAAUCACCUUUUUGAUCUUUGGCAAUGAUGUAAUUUCUCUGGAAUCGAGGCCCUUGAAUUUUCGUGUAUUUAUACACGCGUAUAGCCUGCGGCAGACGUAUUUCGUCGCCAACACGUACUAAAUCAAUUCAGAAACAAAAAGUAUCGACGUCGAUAAAGUAGGAAGUAAAAAACCUCUCGAGAGUAAAUCCUGUUUCGUGUAGAAUUAAUCGCCUCCUCAUUUCUCGAUCUAAUCUCCGAGCAAGCGAGAGUGAUCGCCGCUGAAGAGCGUUUUUGUCGCAUCAACAAAUCAAAGCUGGAAGUCGUAAAAUUUUUUUUGCCGUGUGCCAUAUGAUGAUAUAAAUCCUAAUACAAUCCUAAUAACCAAUCAGCCGUUCUCUUUGAGUUUUUGGUAUUUUUUUUUUUGUUGCAUUAAAGGUUAAAAUGUUAUUACAUAAGUGGUUAACUGUUUUAUUGCGUUAGUGGUUGAUAUUUGUCAUUUCAAUGGUUAGUAUUAAAUUAGUGGUUGGUUUUUGUUACAUUAGUGGUUAGUAUUACGUUAGUAGUCGAUCAUUACAUUAGCGGGUGAUACCUUUAGCCUCGGCUAAAUCUAUACUAGGCAAUUCACUCAUAUUUGUCAUCUCGCAAAGCACUGCAGCUAUAAGAAUGCUCACUGGUGCAAAUAAGUUUGUCUGUUGUUUAAACCAAACUAUAAUGACUAAAUUUCAGCAGUUGUAAUAAUAAAGAUGCGAUUUUGGAAAUAACAUAUUUCCCCACUAUUUACUGUACAAUCUUUUACACAAAAUUAGUGUUGAAGUUCUUGCAUAUGUGUAAAAAAAAAACACGGAGUGAUAAGUUCUUUACUGCCAUCUUGAUUAGUUAGUACGACUUCAUCGUUUAAUUAUCAUCAUAAGAAGCAUUUUAUAUUAUCAAUUUAGUUUGUAAUUCAGCACUUCUGUAAGUUAUCGAUGACCACAAGUUUGUCAUUAUCUCAUUUAAUACCAUCUUCUUUUUUCUUCUUUUCUUCCCUUUCUUAUGUCCUUUAUUUCUUGAUAAUCUCACUGGUCGCCUAGCCUGUGUAUCUCGGCAAUUUUAUAAUCCAAGUUUCUUCCUCUCGCUCUCUCUCUCUCAGGGUAAUAUGAGUUACAAAGAUCUCUUAGCAGGGCUCAUCUUUGAAGGUGAAAGUUUUCAAGCCUUGAAUAACUUCACAUUUAUGAACUACACCAACGUACAAUUCUGUGAUGACGCUGGCACACCAUUGAGCCAGCGUAGCGGAGGGAUUUGCCUUUUGACAAACAAAAGGAUUCUUUUCUUAUCCUCACAGCUUACAGUAGGUAAGUACAACUCCCUAUUAAACAUUUUUGUUCUAUAUUUAGCUUUUAAAGAGCUUUGGACCAUCGACAUUAAUCCAAGAAAUGCAGCCAUGCUUAUGUAAUAAUGUUAAUCAAUUGUCACUGCUCUUGCUAGAAAUGUGCAAAUUGAUCCAAAUGUACAAAAGCCUUUUUGUUGUAUAUAUGGUAACCAUGAAGAAAUCUCUUUGUCCGCACGCUCAGGAAGUCAAAGGAUGUGAGUUUUCAUGAAAAAAAUAUUCAGAAAAUUCUGCUUGACUUGUUUAGAAAAUAAUUUGUUUAAUUUUUAAUAAUUAACUAACAGCUCACUGAUUUAUUUUAGGGCGACCAACUUGGAGGCCCGGGCACCCCAGCUAAAAUGUUUGGGAGACCAAAGGGCUCCCUGAAAAUAUUAUUUGGGCGACCAUCUAGAUCUUUUAGGCCUGGACACCGCAGCUAAAAUGCUUGGGUGCAAAGGGCUCCCUGAAACGUUCCCUAGGGCACAGCCUUGCAGCCCUUUAGUUAUUGGAAGUAUGAUACAUUACAUGCUAUUGUUGAAUGUGGAGGACAUUAGUAAAGGGAAUGCAAGUCUUAGUGAACUACCCCAUACUCUCAACAUAUAUAGUGGUAAUAUUGAUGUAAGUUUUGUUUUGAGUAGCAAAGGAACCCUUGUGUGUAACUCAUCUUCUAGUGUAUUAGUCCUUAGCAGAACGUCUCCGUCUCUCUUGCACACAUUUGUUGUUGAUACACUACUCGACUUUCCGUUGCCAUUCAACAUACCCGUAAUUCUUACUUACACCCACACACGUAAACGCCUUCGGGCGUCUUCUUCUUUCUCUUUAGGUUUGAACCUCUUUGGCGUGUAUGUUAUUUCAAGGGUAGGUCACACUUGCCCUGGACAAAUUUCUUCAAAUUCACUUGCAGACGUUCACAUAAUUUCUGAAAGAAUUUCCCUUAAGAAUAUCAUACAGUAUAACCUACACUGGGCGGAAAACAAAACAUGCAAGCUGAAGAGAUCUAGUUAAAAACUGGGUUGUAAUUCAGAGACCUUCAUGAUAGAUUAAGGAAACGAAUAAUAAAAUCCCAAAGUAUGGAGACUCCCACUAGCAGUGUUAUAAUUUCUUUUGUGUUUUUGUUUUCUUUAAGAAAACUGGUCGUUUGACACUUGAUGCCUGUCAGAUUUUCCAUUUAUAACCAACCUCGUCCCCAGGGUCCCACGAAAAAAAUGGUGAAUCUCUCUUUAUUGAUACUUGUCAGGUACGUCCUUGGCUCAAUGGGGCAAUCCAAAGAAACUGCCAGGAGGUUACUCUCUUGCGUCAUCAUGUAAUGACACCACCUACUACUUACCCAUUCCCCUGCGCUGUUUACGCAGUGUCGAGAUGUCUGGGGAGACUGGAGUCCGGGCAGAUUUAUCAAUUCAUGGCGUCGCACCUUGUUGCUGUGGAUGGUGUGGCUUGUGUGGGGUAUGCAAAUUAAUUUGCCAAUAAUAACUGCGGUUAAGUACGCCUUAGUGUACGGAAUUAAAGCUGACUGAAAUAUUAAGCGCGAAGUAAAAUGCGUUUGCCUUCCUUUAAGGUACACUGACGUCCAUUAUAUAAACUUCCUGGUACUUGAAUUUCCAUUAUUUUACCCAAAAAACUCCGGAUCCAGUCAGAUGGAAAGUAACAGUUUACUUGAUAUAUAUCAAAGUAUACCAGUGGCUUUCAACUUUCAAGGGGAAAGACUGUUUUAUUAAGAAAAAGUGGUUCUUUGUGUUAAUCACGUUAAAUUGCCUGAUGUUGAAAUGUUACUAUCGUCGCGUUAUAUGUCCUCAUUGAGAGAAUUUUUUUUUUUACUUGAAUUCGAGUUCGUUGUCAUUAAGUUAUUUUCUAAUGCCUUUAAUUGGUAAUAAGGUUCAAUCAAUGAGACUAAGGGCGCUUACCACUUGUCAGAACUGCCAGACCCGUCCAUUUGUUAAAAGACUUUCAAUUAGAACUGUCCAGCAGAUCAGUCUAUUCCUAAAUAUUAUGCGUGGCAGUGAUUGGUUUUUAGCCAAAAUUCACGAGAAAAGUUAAGUUCAUUCUCAAAAGGACCCGGCCGGCCAGUUGACUGACUUUUGGAAAGAGUUUUCAUUUGCACUCAUUAGUUUUGCAAGUACAGGGUAAUAAAAGUGCAAUUUGAAACAUUUUGUCGAUUAUCCUUAUAAAGUAACGUUCAACAAAAUUUUGCUGGAACAUUCACGAACUUCAACUGAAUUACUUAAUACAUCAACAUUAUGAGUGUAAUUUCGCAAAAAUGCCGGCGGUUUUUCGUUUCAGUGAAGUUGACGUUUUCGCAAAAAGAUUCGUUAUAGCGACGAGACUUUAAUUUGUAACUCAAAAUACACUGUUUUGUAGUUAUGGGGAUGCUGUGGAGACUCUGGUGCCCUAAAGCAGUGGAGGCCACAGCCAAUGAAUCGCACUCAAGUGCAAGAGAUGUUCGUGACUGUUGGACUUUUGAUGCCACCCUGGGAUCGCAAGAUGUUUCUCAAAAUUUUUAUUGAUCCAAAUGUUCCUCUGCCUGUCACCAGAGAUUUUGUUGCUAUACUCCAAAAGAAUUCUCCAGGCUUGUGUUAG